GACUUGGCUCCUGUUGAACCCGGAUUAGUUUGAAAGUCGGACACUUCCGGUGCAGAUAUUGUCAGCAUGAAGAAGGAGCAAGUGUUAAAUUGCCAGUUCAGUCAGUGGUAUCCUAGGUUCAAGAAGUUUAGUAUCAGGAGUGUUAUAAUUCCUUUGCCUGAAAAUGUGAAGGACUAUUUACUCGAUGAUGGUACUCUUGUCGUCUCUGGAAGGGAAGAAUCCCCUGGAUGCUCCCAAAGAGACUUUAAUUGUACAACGGAGGAUGAAGUGCAGUGGUCAGAUGAUGAAAACACAGCUACUCUUACGGCCCCAGAAUUUCCAGAAUUUUCAAUAAAAGUACAAGAAGCUAUUAAUUCACUUGGUGGCAGUGUUUUCCCAAAACUUAACUGGAGCUCUCCAAGGGAUGCUUAUUGGAUUGCCUUGAAUAGCUCUUUGAAGUGCAGUACUCUUAGUGACAUCUUUCUACUCUUCAAGAGCUCAGAUUUUGUUACCCAUGACUUCACCCAACCGUUUAUUUACUGUGCAGAUGAUUCUCCAGAUCCCAACAUAAAAUAUGAGCUUGUCCUUAGAAAGUGGUGUGAACUGAUACCAGGAGCAGAAUUCAGGUGUUUCAGGUGUUUUGUUAAAGAAAACAAAAUUAUAGGUAUUUCUCAAAGGGACUAUACGCAGUAUUAUGAUCACAUUAGUAAACAAAAAGAAGAAAUCCAUAAAUCAAUACAAUAUUUCUUUCAAGAACAUAUUCAAUACAAUUUUCCAGAUGAGGAUUUUGUUUUUGACAUAUACAAAGACAGCCAAGGCAAGAUAUGGGUGAUAGAUUUUAAUCCAUUUGGAGAAGUAACCGGCUCUCUGCUGUUUACCUGGGAGGAAUUGAGGAGGAGCUGGAACCUCGGUGAUGUAGAAAAUGAGGAACAGGAUUGCCCAAUAUUUCGCUAUACAAACAGUGAAGUCACCGUUCAGCCAAGCCCUUAUUUAAGUUACCGACUUCCGAAGGAUUUUGUAGAUCUUUCAACUGGAGAAGAUGCCCACAAACUAAUUGACUUUCUCAAGCUUAAUCGCAACCAGCAAGAUGAGGACUCUGAUGAUUAGAUACUGGUUUAUUCUUCUACAGGAACAUGGUCUUCAGAUUCCUUUCAAGUAACCAUGACAUGUAAACUUUGUGCUGGUAUCUUUGCCUACAAUACCUGUUUGUACUGUAUAUCUAGCUCUCUCCUGAGCGCCUUGCAAUACAAGACAUACUUCCACUGCCAAAUGAUACCAAAAUAAGUUAAUGUUUACUUCAAUCCAGUUGCUGAUCUUUGUUUAAUAUAUCCAUAAUUAUCUAUAAUAAUACAGAAACAUGUAAACCCUACUUCAACCCCCCAAAUACUGCAUCAUGUGAAAAAAACAUUGUUACAUUCUUCUGUCCAGUUAGAUAGAAUUAUCAGGUUUGGUUUGCUUAAACAAGAAGAAUUUGGCUAAAUUUGUAAAUCCUACAAAAAGUACUAGGAUUGACUGGAUUUGCUUAUACUAAAACAUACAGGAAAUACAAUGGAUUUGUUUAAUCUUAAUGGUUCUAUUUAGUUAAUAAGAGUGAAUGGGAGCAGACAAAUUUAUGUAAUUAACAAAAUUAUUGUGAUUGCAUUCUACAACAUAAGGCAGCUUUUGUCUUUAAAUGAUGUCAAGGAGGGAGGUACAGUAACCAUCAGUUUUACUUUCUGAUUUGUUCAUUUUCAGAUUACAGCAAGGCCCAUCUUAGUAUUUCCAAAUAAACAACCUUCCUCUUUUCCUGGUGCCUUUUCACAAGACAAGACAAAAAAUUCGAACAAAAAAAAAAAUACAUGUAUAUGUAAGUAUUAUGUAUCAUCGCAGCAUAAACAUUAAUGACUCCUUUAAAGGAGAACUAAACCCUAAAAAUGAAUGGCUAAAACUGCCAUAUUUUAAAUACUGAAUUUUGUACCAGUCUAAAGUUUCAGCUUCUCAAUAGCAGUAGUAAUCUAGAGAACUUCAAACUUGUCACAGGGGGUUACCAUCUUGGAAAGUGUCUACGACGCUUAGUGGGCUCUGAGCAGCUGUUGAGAAGCUAAGGUUAGGGGUCAUUGCAUUUUAUCAAUUAGAAUAUGAAGUUGGCCUGUAAUAUAAGAUGAUGCUACAAGCUGAUUAGGAAAUUCUGAUGCUAGUUGUACAGGUUUCUGUGCUGCCGUGUAGUAAUUAUCUAUAUUCUUAUAUUCUCAAAAUAUAAUGUACAACAUUUCUGCCCUACUUCUUUACUUAAGCUUUGGUUCUCCUUUAAUUGUUGGUUAGCAGAGAGCUGAAAUAGUGUAUAUCUGAAAUGCAUGUAUCUUUUGGCCUAGCCAGUGAUAACCCAAGAUACCAGGGUUAUGUGUAUGUGCCACACUGCCAACAAUUAAUUAUUAAAACCGUGAUUAGCCACAGGCAGAUAAUAGCAUUUCUCUGAUGUUCUUUACCUUGGUACCUUGACUAGCUAGGGCUUUCCCGUAUUAUUUUCAUUGUACUGGGGGGGGGCACAGAAGGGCAGCAUCAUAGUCCUUUGUUUAUAAUAAAUUGUUAAUACAACAUGUGAUCCACACAGAAAAAACAUCAUUGCCAGGCCAGUACUGCCUGCUGCCAUUUCACAUUUCUUGCAUCAUCCUGUUACUUGCACAAUCAGGAUGGAUUUCCCCAUGAAAAUACACACUUGAGCAAAUCAGGCUGUUAUCAGCGUUGUAGGCACAGUGACAGCAGAUGCUAGCAAUGUGAAUGGCAGAGGCAGUAGGUAGAGUACCAGUUUAGCUAUUGGUCUUUAUUCUACCUAUGGAUAUUUCCAUUUGGUUUGACAAAAUAUGGUAAAAAUCUUUUAAAGAGUAAACAAAUAGCAAGACUACAUAGUCCAGAUUGUCUAAAACUUUUUGUUAUUAUAAAUAAGAAUCUCUUUUAAAGCCUGUACCUUUUUUUCUAUUUGGGCAAAAUGGAGAAUGAAAAGAGGCAAGGGGACUGGAAUAAUAUGGUCCACUUUUUUUCCCCUUUUAAUACAUCCCAAUCUAGUAACAUGAACUGGAAUUGCCUAGUACUACACUCACAUACAUCUUUUGAUGAAUAUUUUUAUUUGUAUAUUAUCAUUAUCCUUCAUUAUCAAUAACAUUUUUUACACAGCACUUUACAGAGACAUAAUAAAUCAUUCACCUUAGUCUUUACCCCAGCAGAGCUUACUAAUCACAUCUAGAGACUGAUGAUGAUCAGUAGUCACAAGUAUUUUUUCCUAUGUUUUUGGAAGGUGAGAGCAAAGCGAAGUACAUUGACUCACUCAGCCAUGUUUCUGCAAUGCCAAUUAUCUAUUUCUCCUAGUGCCAUUACCUGCACCUCACACAUUUUGCCAGCCAAACUACUUGCAUUUGUAAACAUACAUUUAAUACUGGUUCCUGUACCAGCUUGUAACUUGUCUAUAUACAGUUUCGGGUCCUCCCUGUUAUAAAUGAUACCUUCAAUCAAAUUUCCACCCCUGUACUUUGCCCAAAUCCUCAUCUAACCUAUCUUCCACAAAAUUACUCACUGCUCUCUCCCCUCUAUGCCUAGUUUGCAAUCUCCUCCAACCUUCUAGCCAUUCUCUUACCCAAAGCAGAUGCAUCAUCAUUGAAAUGCAGCCCAUGUCUCCUAGCCUCAUAAUAAUCUCUCUGAUCUUUCACUGCCUUCUUUACAAAGCAGUUGUCGCAAGUAAUGUCUGAGAUCAUUACCCUAAAAGUCCUCAUUCAGCCUUUCGGGUGGUUUCUUGAAAAUUAUUCCUGAGGAUUUACCCUUUCCUCUGAAAUAGCUUGGUCUGAAAUAGACAGUCAUGAAGGGUCCUUGCAACAACCCUACCUAAUAACUGAAUCCCAUAUUGCUACAACCUGGCUUUCUUUCUUAGCACUCUUCACCCCCCCCCCCCAUCUGUAAUCUGUAGUAGAGCUUCUGCUGUCUGUUUACUCCAUACAUGGCAGUUCAGAGCUGUCCUUUCCAACAUGUUCACCCAAAAUGGUAAAGCUAUUUAUAUGGACUAGUUUUAGACUUACCACUACUUCCUCAUUUAUCUCAACUGUCCCAUUUACACUCCUCACUAGACCCUGCAGUGGCUGCCUAACCUCCCCCGUGUUUGAUUCCAAGAAGAAAACCCACCUGCAUUUCACACAAGUGAAUGUUCCUUGAAACGGUUGCUCCAUUGCAUUCUAGAUAACAGGUCCCCUACCUGUAUAUCAUAUUCAGUUUCACUGUUCUAUAUAAUAUUACUGUAAAGUGCUGCAUAACUUUCUAGCACUAUGAUGAUAAUAUAUAUGAAAAUAUAUUUGAUGAUGAUGUGUGCAUCAACACCCUGGAAAUUUCUACCAAUGCCUAGUUGAACUAUAUCAUACAACUUCAGCACUCCUGAUGCAAACUGGAUAAGGUGUUUUUCUUGUUUCAGGCUCUCAUCAGCUCUUCAUUAAACCUUGAUGAAAAUAAAUUAUCAUAGUGAUGAUAAAAUGUGUGGGAAACACUUGUAAUCUUCUACAGCUAAGUUUCAACAUAUAUUGUCAUUACAUUAUAAAGCAAAACAAAGGUGUGGCUUCAGAUGCAGGAGAAAGGAAGCAUUGUAGUUACAUAUUCACUAUAUUGCUGGCGCUAUAAGUACUUAGUAAGUAUCCUAAAAAUAACAUUUAUAGGAUAAUUUGGUUCACUGGGUUUAGCCAGUAUAAUUAAAAUGAUACUGACACCUUCCCAGUUUUUUUAAGGUUUUUAUUUACAGAAUGUGUUUUAUUAACAUUACAAAACCACAAGAGAAGCAUUGCUACAGUAUGUUAUCAGCAUAUUAUAGAAAAGUUGGUAUUACACAGAAAUAGUAUGCUGUGUCACUACAUUUAAAUUCAGUGUACAGUUAGGAUGAAUGGCAAUUGACAAAUCAGGUAUAAUCACAACAUUUAGUAGAGACACUCUACAAGGGAUAGAGGAAGAAACUCUAGAAAGGCUUCCCAUAAUUUUUUUACCUUUUGGGGACAAUGUCUUGCUAGAUUUGUCAGCUUUAUCAGUGGGAGUUUGUUGUUUACUAUUUUUACUCAUUGUUUUACUGAAGAUGCAUACAAACUCAUCCACCAGUUUAGGGGGCAGUUGCAUAAAAAAGGAUUAAGCCAUCUACUAUCUAUACUGGUCACACCUCUGCUGUAGUGGUAUGAUAUGAUUUUCAACUACCUUAGACAUUCGUAUUCAUGUUAAAAGGAUUCUGUCAUGAUUUUUAUGAUAUAGUGUUUAUUACUAAAUUACACUAUGUAUAUUGCAUAUCAUUUAUUCUACCAUUUAGAAUUUUAUUCCUGAUUCAAUAAGUAUAUUUUUUAGUCACAUGACCGAGGGCACCUGGGAAAACUGACCUCUCUAGCCCCAUGUGAGAUUCAAAAUGAAAUAUAAAAAGUUUGCUCUUUUGAAAAAUGGAUUUCAAUUCAGGAUCCUGCUGGACGACCAAUAUCAACUGAUACGUUUGGGGGGGGGAACGUUUUCCCACGACAGAAUCUGUUAAGUGAAAGAAGUUUGCACUGGGAGAUAGAAAUUGGGCAACUAGCACUGAUUCUUCUCUCAUAAUGCUUAAUCUUAGGGUCUUAAAAUAUAUAUAUAUAUAUAUAUAUAUAUAUAUAUAUA